CAGACGUAUUAAACAAAGCAUUCAACAUAUAGUGAAAAUAAGUUUAAAAAGAACCAAAGAUUCGUGCAAAAUUGAAUAUGGUGUCUGCUUGAUUUAUAAUUUUUUUUUGUCAUUUGAUUUUAUAUAUUAAUCUUGAAUUUGUCAUUGUGUCAAAUAUACGCAGCACAAUCAAAAUAAAGCAGUCAAAACUAAGGCAUUAAAACAUAUAAAAAAACAGAUUGGAACGACGACGAAUAUACGUAGCAAGUGUUGGCAAUUCAAUCAUAUUGAGCAUUUAUUAUAGUAAAUCGAAAAGAAAUAUAUAUCCUCAAUUUAUUAUAUAGUGAAAGAAACAGUAGUUUUCCGUGUGCCAGUUAUAUCAACGCAGCCAAUUUGGUCAAUUUAAAUUUGAAGUUUGAAGAAACAAAGAGAAUAAAACAAAAAUGAGUUACGCGUAUUUAUUUAAAUAUAUUAUCAUCGGAGAUACGGGAGUCGGAAAAUCAUGUCUCCUUUUACAAUUCACCGAUAAACGUUUCCAACCCGUUCACGAUUUGACAAUUGGCGUGGAAUUCGGUGCUCGUAUGAUCACUAUCGAUGGCAAACAAAUAAAACUUCAAAUAUGGGAUACUGCAGGUCAAGAAGCUUUCAGAUCAAUUACUCGAUCAUAUUAUCGUGGAGCUGCCGGGGCAUUGCUAGUGUACGAUAUAACACGACGAGAAACAUUCAACCAUUUGACUACAUGGCUUGAAGAUGCCCGACAACAUUCAAACUCGAAUAUGGUCAUUAUGCUGAUUGGAAAUAAAAGUGACUUAGACUCUCGUCGUGAGGUAAAAGAGGAAGAAGGCAAGGCAUUUGCUCGCGAACAUGGAUUAGUUUUCAUUGAAACUUCCGCCCGUACAGCAUCAAACGUGGAAAAAGCCUUCAUAGAUACGGCCAAAGAAAUCUACGAGAAGAUUCAAGAAGGUGUCUUUGACAUCAACAACGAGGCCAAUGGAAUCAAAAUCGGACAACAGCAUUCGCCAACAAAUCCUUCACUACCUGGUGCUGGAAGUCAAGGGAGUCAAGGCAGCGGUGGCUGUUGUUAAACAAACAACAUCCAACAAUACAUUACAUAUAAAAUUAAAAAAAAAAAAUUACACAGAAAAAAAACACGUUUGAAUCUAUCAAAAGGGACAUUUUCAUCAAGACAAUUAUAAGGAAAAUAGCAUGAAAACAAUUUGAAUUGAGAUUAUAAAGUCGAAGUUUCAGAUCACUAGCUUUUUUUCUGUUCAUUUCGAUCAUAGUCAGAAUAUCAUAUGAAAACAGCUGAUGUAUAUUAAUCAUUUCUCCACCAGAAUAUUUGCAAUUCAUUCAGUCUGUACCUUAUCAGCGCUGUAGUUUCUGCAUGAUGUUGAGGCUCAGUCACGCUACGUAAACAUUUCAGCGUUUGGGUCUUUUUCAAGAGACCAAGAAGCUUAUUUUAAAAACAACUCAAUUUUGAUACAUCGAGAAUCAGUUUCAAAGUUGGCAUUGUGCGGAGACAGCAGAAAAUAUAUUUGGAUUUUGUCAUCUGGAUAUUUCAGCUCAUCUGGAUAACGUUAGGCGAUGAUACGAAAUGAAAACAAUAGAAGUGAUUAUUGUAUUGUAUAGGUAUAAAAAUUCUUCCAUAACUAUAGCAAUCACUUCUAUUGUUUUCAUUUCGUAUCAUCACCUAACGUUAUCCAGAUGAGCUGAAAUAUCCAGAUGACAAAGUCCGAAUAUAUUGUCUGGGAGACAGUAGUUUUAUCGUUAAUGAAUAUUUGAUCAUUCAUUAAGGAUUUAUUGUGCGUUGGGGCUAUCUCUUCUACUGGAUGUCUUCGACAUUUUUCUAAAACAAUAUUCUCGCUAUUAAAGAUUCUUUGACAUAUUUCGUCAAAUCGCGUUAAUUUGAUUUAUGAAAAGAUUAAAUUUUCAUUCAACAAUUUUUAUAAUUGUGUCCGAAAUGUUGCCGCUUGUACUAUAUUUUAUCGCAAACGAAUAUACUUUGUAAGUUUCUUGUAAUAAAUAUCGGACACCCCAUAAUGCUGGUCCAUCCA